AAAACAUCAGAAGAAGAAGAAGAAGAAGGCGAAGAAGACCCCGAUUCCGCGUCUGUCCUCUGAUUGAUCAAACAAAAUGACUGUAGAGGUUGAAAGAAAAUUCGUUUGUGAUGCAGAAAUUAUGGAGAGACUACAGGAUAUUGGAGCUAAAUGCAUUGGUCAGCGGCAGUUCCGAGACCAGUAUUUUGACUCACCAGAUUUCAUCCUCACACUAAAAGAUUUCUGGCUGAGAUGCCGAGAGGGAUUGUGGGAGUUGAAAUGCCCUGCAGUUUCAGGAGCUGCACCUGACAAUGACACUGAGACCCUUUGUACACAAUACAGAGAGAUAACCAGUUUGCCUCUGAUUCAAUCAGAAGUCAGCAGGAUUAUCAGGGAACACACUGCUGAAGGGAGUGAAUCGAAUUCCUCACCAAGGGAACAAAUUGACAAAGUCGCAGAAAAUGAGGACACAGAGAUCUGUUCAGCAGAUGACACAAAGUGGCUGAAUGUCCUCAAUCUCGUCUGUUUUGCCGAGUUCAAGACCGAGCGCUGCUCUUACAUGCUAGAGAGAGAGGCCGGUGCAGUGCGGGUGGAUCUGGACCAGGCUGAUUUUGGAUAUUGUGUGGGAGAGAUUGAGGUUCUGGUGCCUGAAGGAGGUGACAUGAAUGCAGCUCUGCAGAGGAUUACAGGCAUUGCUGCAGAACUGGGUUUAAGUUGUGAGAAGAAAAUAAAGGGGAAAAUGGAUGUUUACCUUCAAAGAUAUCGACCUGAACACUAUGCAAAGCUUCUUAGUGCACAUAUUUUAUGAGGAAUCUCUAGUGUAACAUAUAAUUUGUAGUUUUUAAAUUCUGUUUCAUUUAUGAUUCAUCCUUAAUGCUCAUAUUUUAAUGAGAAAAUAAGCACUGGUAACAUAUUUUAUAGUGUAUUGUGAUUAACAAAUAGGCUAUAUUGUGUUUAGUUGAGGUAAAGAUUAAUACAGAAAAAGAAGCGAAUUAAAAAAUAUAUAGUACAUAGGCAGCUAUAUAUCAUGGCAGUUUGGGUCAGUUAAUCAGAUAUCUGGUUGAA